GGUAAUUAUAAUUGGAAGCGGCUCCCGAGACGCUCCCCCAGGGCGCGAUUUUUUUGGUCCCCCCUCGCGCCGCAUCGGCACCAUGGCUUCCUCAUCGAUCCACCUCCGCCUCGCCGCCGACGAGAUCCCCCAAACCCUAGACGCCUCCUCCUCUUCCUCCUACGACGCCUUCGUCCCCGUAUUUCGCCCGGAUCCGUCGGCCUCCUCCGCUUCGACGGCGGCGGCGGCCGACCGCGUCCGCAGCCUGUUCCGCUCCGUGGAGGUCGCCCUCUUCGGGGACGACCUCUUCGAACCACGGACGGAGCAACUCGGGUUCACCGAGGAUUCGUACGACGACGGCGACGCCUCGAUCCAUUGGGACUGCCUCGAAAUCGAGGACGCCGAGCCGGAUCUGCCGCUCUUGGCCUUCACCGCGGCCGACGAGUUCGAGUGGGAGGAGGUAGCGUCCGCGUCCGGGGCUGGCUCGGAGCCCCAGGAGCCCGAGUGGGAGGUGCUCGGCGACGUGCCAGCGGCGGCCACCGCGGCCGACGCCGAGGAGGGUUUCGUGUACACCUCCGACCGGGAGGCGUACGAGGUGCUAGUCGCCGGCGGGGAGGGGCUGUUCCUGAAGAACAAACCGGCGGCGGCCAGAUCGGCCGUCGAGGCGCUCCCUUCCACUGUUGUUGCCGCCGGAGAGGAAGGUGAAGGGGAGGAGUGCGUGGUGUGCAGGGACGGGGUUGCGGCCGGGCAGCGCGUGAAGAAGCUGCCUUGCUCGCACCGCUACCACGAGGAGUGCAUCGUGCCGUGGCUGCAGGUGCGCAACUCGUGCCCGCUCUGCCGAUUCGAGCUGCCCACCGACGAUCCCGAGUAUGAGACCUGGAAAGCGGGGCAAACAGUGUCCGCCUGAAUGAACUGUGCGGUAAUGGCAAGCUCUACCCGUAUGGUUUUAUAGAGUUGUAUGGUUUGAUUUUGCAUCGGUUCCUUUAAAUUACAAGGUUGUUACUUAGUUGUAUGAAAGAAAGCAUAGAGGUAGCCGUAGAGAUGUUUUUGCGCGUUCUGAUUAGUUUCCUUUUUUUCUUCAAGAGGGGUUUUAAUGUUUUAUGUUGUCUAAAUGAUAGAGCGUUUUACUAAUUAGUUGCUAUAUAAUGUUGUAUCUAUUCUAAAUUCAGAGAGAGUAGCUGUAUAUCCUCUUGCACGGGAUGAUUUGUGGUUGGAUGUUCUGGAAAAUGUUUGGCAUAUAUAGUGUUUUGUUGCGGA